CUAAGAUCGCUUUUGUCCGUCGCUUUAAAUUUCCAGACUUUUGUUUCCAAACGCACUCCGUCACUAACGCAGUCAACCUAACCAACAUUCCCUUUUGCCUCCACAAUGCCACCCUACACUAUCACUUACUUUGCUGUACGAGGGCGCGGUAGUGCUGCCAAGAUUAUGCUGGCGGACCAGAGCCAGCAGUGGACAGACAUUGUCGUCAACUUCGAAGACUGGAUGAAGGGAGACCUAAAAGCCACGUGUGUUUUUGGCCAGUUGCCCAAGUUUGAGGAUGGAGAUUUGGCUUUGUUUCAGUCAAACGCCAUUCUGAGACACUUGGGUCGCAAUCAUGGGGCGUAUGGGAAGGACGCUAAGGAGGCGUCUCUCAUCGACAUGAUGAACGAUGGCGUGGAAGAUCUGCGUCUCAAAUACGGUCGCCUGAUUUACCAGGAAUACGAAACUGGAAAGGAUCAGUACCUGAAAGACCUGCCUGACCACCUCUCCAAGUUUGAGGCUGUUAUGGCUCGCAACAAGACAGGUUUUCUUGUUGGUGAUAAGGUUUCCUUUGCUGACUACAAUCUGUUUGAUAUCCUGCUCAACCACCUGGUCCUGUGCGACUGCUGCCUGGAGAGCUUUCCUUCCCUGAAGAGCUUUGUAGGAAAGAUGUCGGCUCGACCUAAAAUCAAGGCCUUCACUGACUCUGACGAGUACAAGAAACAGCCUAUCAAUGGAAAUGGCAAACAGUGAUUGUUUGCCAUUUCCAUUUGCCCCCCUAAACAUAAUAAUCUGGUACUUAAAUUAGAUACCACUUAUUUGGUUGUAUUGCACUUCCGUCCAUACUAAUGGUUGUUUAGGGUUUAUUGUAGGUUAGUUGAAAUUAAUAGUUGUUUUUGUUUCCACCUUUUGUGAUUUCCCCAUCAUGCUAUACAACUUCAAUGAAUACAAAUGUAUUUUUUAUAUGGAUUUGGCAGCUGAAAUCUAAUAAAAAGUACAUUGAAAUAUGA